UGAGAUUUAUUCGGCCGCGUACACGAUCCAGACACACUCCAUUAAUAGCUACAAUUUGAAUGUAACUGUAAGUAAGUAAGGCACAAGCGCACUCUCUCAAAAUGGCUAAUCACCACCGACUCUUACGCGGCGGCGGAUCUCCGUCGAUUAGACUCAGACUCACAGCUUUCUUCGCCACUCUUGCACUCUCCCUCUUCGCUCUCUCGUUCCUCUUCGCUUCAGACUCUAACGACUCACCUGAUCUCCGCCUUCCCGGUGUCGGAUACUCAAACGGAGUCGGAUCCGUUAGAAGAUCCAUUUUAGAUAUCAAAUCGGAUCCUCUCAAGCCACGCCUCCUCCAGAUCCGGAAACAAGCCGAAGACCACAGAUCCUUAGCCCUAGCCUACGCCUCCUACGCUCGAAAACUCAAGCUCGAGAACUCGAAGCUCGUGAGGAUCUUCGCGGAUCUCUCGAGAAACUACACAGAUCUGAUCAACAAACCUUCCUACCGAUCCCUCCACGACUCCUCCUCCGACGGAUCCUCCAUCGACGAAUCCACGCUCCGCCAGUUCGAGAAAGAGGUGAAAGAGCGGAUCAAGAUGACUCGCCAGGUGAUCGCCGAGGCCAAGGAAUCCUUCGACAACCAGCUCAAGAUCCAGAAGCUCAAGGACACCAUCUUCGCCGUCAACGAGCAGCUCACCAGCGCCAAGAAGCAAGGCGCGUUCUCCAGCCUCAUCGCCGCGAAAUCGAUCCCUAAAGGAUUGCACUGCCUCGCCAUGAGGCUGAUGGAGGAGAGGAUCGCUCAUCCGGAGAAGUACACCGACAAAGAUAAACGGGCGGAGCUGGAGGAUCCGAGUCUUUACCAUUACGCGAUCUUCUCGGAUAACGUGAUUGCAGCUUCGGUGGUGGUGAACUCCGCUGUGAAGAACGCCAAGGAGCCGUGGAAGCACGUGUUCCACGUGGUGACUGAUAAGAUGAACCUAGGAGCGAUGCAGGUUAUGUUUAAGCUCAAGGAGUACAAAGGAGCUCACGUGGAAGUGAAAGCCGUGGAGGACUACACGUUCUUGAACUCUUCUUACGUUCCCGUCUUGAAGCAGCUUGAGUCUUCGAAUCUUCAGAAGUUCUAUUUCGAGAAUAAGCUCGAGAACGCGACGAAGGAUACUACCAACAUGAAGUUUAGGAACCCGAAGUAUCUGUCUAUAUUGAACCACUUGAGGUUUUAUCUGCCUGAGAUGUACCCGAAGCUGCAUAGGAUACUUUUCUUGGACGACGACGUGGUUGUGCAGAAGGAUUUAACGGGGCUUUGGGAGAUUGAUAUGGAUGGGAAAGUGAACGGAGCUGUGGAGACUUGUUUCGGCUCGUUCCAUCGGUAUGCUCAGUACAUGAACUUCUCCCAUCCUUUGAUCAAAGAGAAGUUUAAUCCCAAGGCAUGCGCGUGGGCUUAUGGGAUGAACUUCUUUGAUCUCGAUGCUUGGAGAAGAGAGAAGUGCACUGAAGAGUAUCACUACUGGCAAAACCUGAACGAGAACAGGGCUCUGUGGAAGCUGGGGACGUUACCACCGGGGCUGAUCACGUUUUACUCGACCACGAAGCCGCUGGACAAAUCGUGGCAUGUGCUUGGACUUGGUUACAACCCGAGCAUUAGUAUGGAGGAGAUCCGUAACGCUGCGGUGGUACACUUCAACGGUAAUAUGAAGCCGUGGCUGGACAUAGCUAUGAACCAGUUUAGGCCGCUUUGGACCAAACACGUUGACUACGACUUGGAGUUUGUCCAGGCUUGCAAUUUCGGCCACUGAACUAUGGUGGAUUAAUUUUCUCUCUAUGAAAUUUGUAACUUAGUUUGUUCUGUCUGUUUAUUUAUAUAUUUUUGAGGGGGAAUUAGAAUAAUUGUAUUUUUGUUCAGAGCUGUCGUAAUUCUAUGGCAACCUAUAAUCAAAGCUUUUAUACUAUA